AUGUUGGUCCACGGAUUACGGCGUGCGGCAAGAGCCGCUCUCAGACCUAACUUUGUCGCUCGCACUCUAAGACAAACUCAACAAAGAACACUUCCAGUAUGUUCGCAACUAUGUAAGUAAAAAAAUUACGAAAAUUCAUUCAUUAUUUUUAGCUAAAGGAAUGAGUUCUUUGGACGGCAUUUGUAGGAAGACACGUUGAUUACGAUACUGACUUUGUACUUCAUGUUUAGCAAUGAUUGCUUCCUACUUUCAAGUUCACUUUAAACAGUGACCGGAAUUAACUUUCACGUCUCCAACCGUUUUUCACUGUAGUUUUAUGUGCUUCCAUUCUAUUCCUUGUGGACUUGCAUGAUGAUAUUGUGUCGGCUUGUAUAGUAAGAUUGAUGUCCAACUUACCUCCUCCAGAUAAUCGUCGAUAUGUUUCAACCGAUAAGCCCGUGUCCGCCGCGGCCGCUGCAUCGGCUGCCGCACCAAAGGCAGGCUCAGCAGCCCCAGCCGCUGCACCAGGAGCAGUUGGUAAAAUCAUUGCUGUUAUCGGUGCCGUUGUUGAUGUACAAUUUGACGAGGCCCUCCCUCCUAUUCUGAACUCACUGGAGGUCGAGGGUAGAUCACCAAGACUCAUUCUAGAGGUCGCGCAACAUUUAGGUAAGGAUUCCCUUAGCCCGUUAGAACUAAUGUUGUUGUUUGCUUAUUUUAUCAUUAUCCAGAAAGUUUCACAUACUUGUGAUUUGAAAACACCCAUCAAACUCUUCAGGCUUCCACAGUAUAGGUAUUGUUCCCCUUUUCCCCCCCCCCCAACUAUUUCAUUUUACAUUGCUUCAGACGGUUCAACAUUUGUCUCUGACAGCAAAAUACAUGACAUGUUUAGAAAAUCAAAAAUGGCUGUGACCAGAAAUCAUUCAUUAGCUUUCCUUGAAUGCAAAAAAUUCUGUGAAGUCUACAGAGGGUCUAAGGUCUAAUUUUAUCUGUAAAUACAGCCAACAAUCAGUUUAAGAAUCAUUUUGCCAUCUAAAAAAUAAAAAUUUUGAAAAGAGGAUGUAUAUGCACAAUUGUAUUAUAACUCAUGGGUAUUUUACUUUCCCAGUGUAUUAGAAUUUGAAAAAUUAAUCCCCAUGAAUCAAACCUCACAAAAACAAAGGGAAAGAAGUGAAGAAAAGUGAUUGAAGGAGCCUGAAUUGAGGAAAAGCCUAGAUAUGUGCUUUUCCUUGCUAUAAUUGCUUUCAAGAUAAAGUUGAGAAAUUGAAUUUAGUGAACUAUUAAGAUUGGCGUCAAAUUUUUCUUACUUGUGUAGGGUGGAGGGGGGAGGGGGAAGAAGUCUGGCCACGAGAAAGAAACUUAUGUGGGGAUGGUCUUAGUAACUCAUGUACUUAACUUCUUUAGGUGAGAACACUGUGCGAACCAUUGCUAUGGAUGGUACAGAGGGUCUUGUGAGAGGCCAAAUAUGUAAGGAUACUGGUGGGCCUAUUACAAUUCCUGUGGGUCCAGAAACACUAGGAAGAAUUAUUAACGUUAUUGGAGAGCCUAUUGAUGAAAGAGGACCUGUUGAUACUGACAAGUAAGUGAUUACAUUGUUUAUUAAGGUAUAGUAAACUUGAGUUCCCAAUCACUGUCAGGAACAAAAUUUUUUAUAGAAGUUACAUCAUCUACGUUUUGUUGUGCAGACAGUCAAACAAGUUAUAUUUGUUUUUCCUUCAGAUGAGCCUUAAAAAAGUAAUUGGCUUUUAACUGAUGAGGAAAAGGAUAAAGAAAAGAUGAAAUAUUGUAAUAGAUAUGCGGAGACUCUGAAAUUGUGUUAUGUAUUACUUCAUGCUCUAAUGGCAAAGAGAGUUAUUUUUCUUAUGACUAUUUUCAGACGUGCUGCCAUUCAUGCAGAAGCACCUGAAUUUGUGGAAAUGAGCACAGAACAGGAGAUUCUAGUAACAGGAAUUAAAGUGGUAGAUCUUCUUGCACCAUAUGCUAAGGGUGGAAAGAUUGGUAUGAUCAAUUAUUUGUUGUAUAUGAUGGUUUUGCUUUGACUUUUUGUAGUUAAAGUCCAUGUAGUAAAGAAAUCUUUAAAAAAUGUUUUCUUAGCCAUUGUUUUGCUUAUUUACAUGUACUUUUUUGUUCACCCAAACUGUAAUUCUAGUUUUUGUGGCUUUAUACCAGCAGAGAUUUGUUUAUUUGACAAAAUCAUCCUGACUAACCUGUGAUUGACUUUGCCAAGAAUUAUGUUUUUUUUUCCCCUUUUCUUUUUCAUGACAAUUUACAGGUCUGUUUGGCGGAGCUGGUGUUGGAAAGACUGUGUUGAUCAUGGAGUUGAUUAACAAUGUUGCAAAAGCUCAUGGUGGUUACUCUGUGUUUGCUGGUGUGGGUGAAAGAACACGUGAAGGAAAUGACUUGUAUCACGAAAUGAUUGUGUCUGGUGUCAUCAGCUUGAAAGACAAGAGCUCCAAGGUAGUGAUUGACAGAUAAUUUUGAGGAACCUAUUGUGAAAUAGUUAGUUGUCAACUCUGUGGACUGCAAAAUAGGCUGCUAAUGCUCUUUGUAGAAAGAUACAUUUUGGUCCUUUAAACGGUAAAGAAGCACCUCUAAUUAUAUUACUAUGCAUGACAAAUGGGGCUCAGUUAUGUUUGAUAAUAAUAAAAGUGUAUGUUGUUUUGCUCAGGACAAGCAUAAUAUAGCAUCAAAGAGAGCAUAAGCUGUUAUAGUUCACUGAAAGCCUAAAUUCAAAUCACACUCGCGAAAAUCAUGAAAUGAAAGCUACCUUAAUCUCAGAGGGCCCAAUUAACAUCAACAGUUCAACUUAAGUCAAGGACUUAGGUGGUAUCUCAUACAGCAAUGUUGGUUAUUUUGAUCAUCAAUUUUGUAAUGUGUUGAUUUUGUUUUGUUGUUAGGUGGCUCUGGUGUAUGGUCAGAUGAACGAGCCCCCAGGUGCCCGUGCCAGAGUAGCAUUGACUGGCCUGACUGUAGCUGAGUACUUCCGUGAUGAGGAAGGACAGGAUGUGCUGCUUUUCAUUGACAACAUCUUCCGUUUUACUCAAGCUGGUUCAGAGGUGUGUGUAACAGUGAUGUAGCACAACUAUUUAUGUUCAAAGGGCACUGGCUUUAUAAAGUAGCCCUUCACCCAGGUUGAACAGAGUAACUUAGUUGAGGAAUUUUUUACAUCUACAGAUCCUUAAAUUGAAUCCUUGGUACAGUUUAGCUUUAUUCAAAGUACCCUAAGGAUGUUUUAUUGGAGCUGAAGAUGAGACAGAAAUAAGUUAGCUUCAACCUACCACAGGAAGCACUUAAUAUAUGUCUUUCCCAGGAUGCUUUGUAUAUUGAUCAUGGAAUUGAAAAGCCAAAUAAAGUAUUCUUGUUUCUCUUUUUUUGCAGGUGUCUGCUCUGUUGGGACGUAUUCCAUCAGCUGUGGGAUACCAGCCAACUCUUGCCACUGAUAUGGGUACUAUGCAGGAAAGAAUUACCACCACAAGAAAGGGCUCUAUCACAUCAGUACAGGUAAAUUAUAAUAAUUCUGUAGCCAUUAGCAAGACUUUUUUAAUUCAAAUGAUCAUUUUUAACUUGACAAAAGGUUGAAAGUGUUGCAGUAAAGACAACAGCGAUGAAUAGUACUUUGGAAUGAACUAAACCCAUAACUGACAUAGAAGAGGAGUGCUUUUAGGGAGUAGAUAUUCAUUUUCAGAACAAUAGGUUUUAAAAUACAAAGUACAUAUAAGUUCAAUAGACUAUGACUUCUCACCACUGCAUAAAUCAUUUUCUGAGUUCAAUGGCUUGCAGCCACUUUGAUUGUAAAGGAAAGAGAAAAUCUUGCCCAUGUGGAUAAAAGGCUGUUUGUUUCUUGAUAGGCUAUCUACGUGCCAGCUGAUGACUUGACAGAUCCUGCUCCUGCUACCACCUUUGCUCACUUGGACGCCACCACUGUGCUUUCCCGAGGCAUUGCUGAGCUGGGUAUUUACCCAGCUGUGGACCCUCUGGAUUCAACAUCUCGUAUUAUGGACCCCAAUGUAGUUGGUCAAGAGCACUAUGAGGUAGCAAGAGGCGUACAGAAGAUUUUGCAGGUAAGACAAAGUUCAUCUCUUAUGGUAAUGAUAACAUUUUUCUUCUGUGGAAGAUUUGGACCUAAUUUAUAUCCUUUCAGUAAGUCAUGUUAUUGCAGUUAAUUAACAAUACAGCAUGUAGGUAAUUUAGUAUGAUCAACUGAGUUGGUAAUGUAAAUUGGCCACUGUAAAGAGUUAAAAAGCUGACACUUCAAGCGUUAGCCCUUCCUCAAUUGCUCUGACUAAGGGCUAAUGCUUAAACAUCAGCCUUUUAACUCUUUACAGUGGCCAAUUCACGUUAUCAACUCGGUUGAUAAUACUAGAUUACCCUGUUAAACUAUACUUUAGAAACUUACCCCCUUUAUUAACUGUACAUCGCAUUUGAUUGUUAAUUUUGUUCGUUUGUUUUUUGUAGGAUCACAAAUCUCUUCAAGAUAUCAUUGCUAUCCUGGGUAUGGAUGAGUUGUCUGAAGAUGACAAACUGACAGUGGCUCGUGCAAGGAAGAUCCAGAGAUUCCUCUCACAGCCUUUCCAGGUUGCUGAGGUUUUCACGGGCCACGAUGGCAAGCUUGUUCCCUUACCGGUACAACAAUAAUGAUAUUCACUUUCUCUUUCGUUAUGCAACUGAGAAAAGUUGUUUCUGUCCAUGGAAACUGACAGAUGUGUGUUAGUUGAGGCCAGUAAAUUUUUAAGAGAGAAAUGGUUUGGUGCAAAAUUAUUGAAAAUUACAGUUGUGUGUUUGCAUCUUGAAACAUAUAGAUUACUUCUGCAGCAUUUUCUUAAUUUUUUUUUUCCCCUUUGUCAGGACACUAUCUCAGGAUUCAAGAAAAUCCUUCAUGGUAGGUUGAACUACAUGUAUUUUAAAAGAAUCAGAAUUUGUUUUUCUUUUAUAUCUUCAUUACACAAAGCAUGUUUGGAAAGGUUCAGUCCUUUUUUAGAAGAGGAAAUUGUUUGCCGCACUUUUCCAGUUCUAUCUCUCUUUCUGUUCAUUUUUAAAUCUUUACUGUUCUGUUUAGUCACAAAGGUUUGAAUAUUUUUGCUUACAUGUCUUCUUGUUUUUCCAGGUGAAUAUGAUCAUCUGCCUGAAGUUGCAUUCUACAUGGUAGGGGACAUCAGUGAGGCUGUAGCAAAGGCAGAGAGACUGGCAGAGGAAGUGCAAUAA